UUAAAUCACGUGAGUAGUGCAGUUGAAACUUGGAAAAAAAAACUUGGGAAAAAAAGUUAUCGGAAGAGGACAAAGAAAUCCCUCGGUAGGCUGCAAGAAUCCCUGCCGGCAUUCAUUCCACAACACGACGUCCUCCUCAGCCGCUUCAGUCCUCUUCCUGUGUACCAGUCUGUGGUACCAGCCCGUGUCUGUGGGACAAGAUGAUGCGGGCUGCCGUGUUUUGCGGCAGCAUCUUACCUCUGCACCUUUUCCUCUGCGUUCAUUCCCUGCCGGUACACGACCGGAGGACCGUCAGCACGUCCAAGCAGCUGCAGGGAUGGCCUCAAAGUAACAGUCAUGUUGGUCUAAAGAAGAGGGGAAGACAUGAACAGGACACGCUAAAUAAAGAGUACCAAAUGAAGUCUGUACUGACGUCCAAAAAUGGGACAGAAGUCUGGAAGCGUCGUCGCUGUGGAGUCCCAGAUUAUCCCACCUUAACGCAGGUUGGCAUGUCAUACUACAACCUGAAGAAGAAGAAGGGAGGCCUGAGUAGACAGCAGCGCAGGAAGCGGUUUGCGCUGUUUGGAGGGCGCUGGGAGAAGACUGACCUCACUUACAAGAUUAUACGUUUCCCCUGGCAGAUGAGUGAGGGCAAAGUGCGGGAUGUCCUCCAGGAGGCAUUUGGUGUGUGGAGUGCAGUGACUCCGCUGAGAUUUCAAGAGCUCACCUCUGAGAAAGCUGACAUCAUUAUUGACUUCAACAGGUACUGGCAUGGAGACAACUUACCAUUUGAUGGUCCUGGAGGAAUCCUCGCCCACGCCUUUUUCCCCAGGACACACAGAGAGGGGGAAGUCCACUUUGACUAUGAUGAGCAUUGGACAGUGGGCAACAGUGUGGGCACUGAUCUCCUACAUGUGGCAGCUCAUGAGUUUGGCCAUGUCCUGGGCCUGCAGCACUCCCUGGAACUUGAUGCUGUGAUGUGUCCUUUCUACAGCGACUCCUACCCUCUGCAGCUGAGCGAGGACGACAAGAGGGGCAUCCAAUAUCUGUAUGGUCCCCCUCGGCCUGCACAGCCUGACAUAACAGAGACCAAUGAGAUUGACAUUGGAAUGCCGGACGCCUGCAGAACAAACUUUGAUGCUGUGUCCAUGAUCAGGGGAGAGCUGUUCUUCUUUAAGUUUCGAUAUGUCUGGCGAAUCCGUGAUGGGCAGCUACAAGCUGGCUAUCCAGCCUUGGCUUCACGCCACUGGAGAGGCAUUCCAGACCACAUCGAUGCUGCAUAUGAAGACAAGUCUGGCAACAUCUGGUUUUUCCAAGGUGACAGCUACUGGGUGUUUGAUGCUGAGAGGAAGAUUACAGGACCAGAUUCAGUGAGGCAGCUGGGUCUUCCUGUAACAGAUAUCCAAGCAGCUUUGAAGUGGGGAGAGGACCGCAGGGAGAAAGUCUACCUCUUCAAAUCUGCUUCUUACUGGCCAUUCAGUCUUCUGGAGAAUCGAGUCGAUGACGUCCAUCCUCGCAGCAUGCAUGAGUGGGGAGGACUGCCCAGCCAUAUUGAUGCAGCCUUUCGGGACAGAUAUGGCUACGCCAAUUUCCUGAGUGGGCUGCACUACUGGAAGUUUGAUCCUGUGGCGUUAAAGGUGCUGGAAGGCUACCCCCGCAGCAUAGGAAUGGAUUUCUUUGGCUGCUCUGAUUUCCGGUCUAAAUAGGUUCACAUACAUACAUCUGAUGACCCUCUGAAAAGCAGUAGGUUGACUUUUCAGCUUAAUUCCCCAUACAUAACAUUCUGGCUAUUUUGGAAACCUACUUAAGGCAAACUCUUGCCAACAUCAUUGCCUGCUGCAACCAAAUAGUUUUUUUAAAUCAAGAGAUUAGCAUUUGAAAAUACUGUACAUGUACAUGGUUUCUAGAUUUUACUGAGAGUAUAGUUUCACAGUAACUGUCAGUUGGUAUAUGCAUACUUUUUCAGGGCCAGGAACGCUUUUGUCAAUUAGAGAUGAAAAUACACAUCUGGAGACAGCUGGUUAAAACUGUGGAUGGUGGUGAAAUUCAGUCCUGACAGACUUCAACCCUGCCUUUGGCACCAAAACCCAGAUGCAUGAAUUUGUCCUCCACCAUUUAAAGAGUAACAGAAAUUAUUAUUAUAUUUAAUUAUAUCAUUAUAAUUAGUUACAUCACUUGUUACAUUACAGCGCAGCGCCAUCAAAGGUGUUUUUAAACGACUCCAAAGCCUCCACACCCACAAGUUAUAUCUUCUGUAUUUAACACGUGUACUAAUAGAAAAUGAAGCAUUGUGAUUUAACAAGCAGCCGGAUGUUAUGCAGGUAUUUACCUACCUAGCUGCUAGCUUAGCCCCAGUGACUGCACCGACUGCACACAGCACUACAGAGGUUCUGUCCUCACAGAGAAGCCGGGGAGUUGACUGGUAACACCCUCCAACUGCAAAAGCAGCUCAAUCCUGUGUGCAUGAAUAUUAGUGGCUAACAUUAGCAAGCUAGGAAAGAACAUAGAACAUAUAAAUUAGACAACUUUGGAGUUACCUGGAGUUGAAUUUCUCCUCUAACUGUCCCCCCUCACGCACCUCCAACCCAUGCACAGAGCAUUCUGCUACCAACCCUCCGUCCAACUCCUGGUGGGACAGUAACAGAUUAUUACUAAAUUUCAACUUGUAAUCCAACUACUUGUUUCUGAAAAAAAUACUACUGCCCAACACUGCUGAACACUACUAUAUACUAAAACAAAACAUCCCUUCACCAAGCCUCAUAACUUAAACUACACAAUUGUCAUAGAUAUACUCCUUGAAAUGUUGCUGUUCUGUAUAGUUGGCAGUACAUAUACAUCAUAAACUAACUAAUGACAGCAGAGAAUCUGAAUAAACACCAUUAUAUGAUCAGUUAUCCACAGUUUGGUGUUCACAGGAAAUCCUUCCUCCCUAGCUGCAGCCCACUACCUCCCUCCCUGAUACAUAUAUCAUACAUAAAAUGGCACACACUAUCCAACAGUCUCCCCUUGAAAGCACUGAAUGAUAGAGACGAAAAGUGACUGAAGUAGUUUUGUGAUGAAUGGAAAAAGAGAGAUUGAGAGAGAAUUUUAAACCUUGCCUAUGUUCUCACAACUGCAAAUGCAUGAAACUUCAUUUUAGAUUUUCACAUGAGCUAAAGAGUAACGUUUGCCUCCAACAGCAGCUGAAUCCAAAAACUAAGUUUACUUUGUUAUGCUAGGUUCAGACUACACUAACAGCCUGAUGAUAGCUCAACCCGAUAGAGGUAGGAUGUGGGGAAUGAAAACGGGCGUUGAGCAUGACAACUGAUCAUUUUAUCCCGUGUAGUGUAGCAUAGUGCACGACAGCAUCACAACGUCCUGACAGAAAGAAAUGCGUGUCAACCUUUUGCUUUCCACAACAAAUUCCAUGAAGUGUCCCAACGUUGACCAAUAAUAGCACAGAGUACUCUCAGUUCAUAAUCGUAAACAUGGUGAAGCAAAGAGGAAUGAUGUUGUUGCUGCUAAGUGGAACUGUGACGCAGAGUGCAUAAGUGUGUUAACACUGACGAGUAUAGCAAAAUGCAGUGCACUAUGAGUACCCAGUACACUCAUAACGAUCAAAGAGUUGAGUGUGUGAUGCUGGACACUUCUUAGUCUGAAUGGAUGCCAUCUUAGCUACAUAACGAAAAGGGAGGAACCACCAAACUGUUUUCAGACUUGUGAAAAUGGCGGCAGCGGUUGCGAUUGUAAAAGUACAAGGGAGUUCAUUCGUAAUAAGAUUUAAUAAUAAUAAAAAAAAAAGCCUGCAGAAAUUUAAGAGGGAGACAAUUGCGGUAGAAUGUUGGCAAUAAUGACCUGCCCAUUUACAAUUCCUAUUAAAAAGAAGAAGAAGUGGUCAAAUGUUUGGAUUUCCACACAGUAAAAUGAGUAAACCCAAAUUAACACUGUCAGAGUUGAUUUUAACACUUUUUAGAGUGUUUAUAUGGGUCCACACCACGGAGUGUUAAUUUAACUCUUUUUGGAGUGUUGGUACCUUAACACUGAUUUACAGUAAUUUUUUACCCUUUUUGGAGUUAAAUAUAACACUUCUUGACACUGACCAGUUUUUCCUCAACACUUUUAUGUAGUGUUUACAUUAACUCUCUCAGUGGAUCAUUUGUUAACUACACACUUUAAAGGUGUGAAUAUAGCUCUUCCAUAUUCCUAAAAAAUAUUUGGGAAAUAAAGUUUGCAAAAUUAAUGUGUUAUGGGCCUUACAGGCACACCACAAGAACUGCACCGAUGUGCUAUAAAGCCCAGUAUUUCCAAUGGCUUAGAGGGGUUUGCUGCUGCUUCAAGCAACACUCAGCGAACCACUUUGUGUUCAACUUAGAUGACCUUUUGUGACCAAUUAAGUAUUUUGGACAGCACACCUGAAAAACUACUCUGGAAAACCCCAGCAUAAACAGCUACAGCAGGGGUUUUCAAAGUCUGAGACUGCGGGCCUCCCCUCAGACAAAGCUUGGGAAACGGCACCACCCCACCAGAUCUUGAGUUUACUUGGUAAGUUUCGCUCCAUUCUUGGAUGCCUGUGGGAUCAUGAUUAUGUUAUUUGAUCCCAUAGACACAAAACAUUUGAGCCAAAAUAGCCUAAUACUGCUGUUUGACAUAACUUCUGACUACAACAAAUAGAUUCAAAAAAAGGUCGUCCUGAGGCAUUUAUUAGUUUCUGACUCUGAUGGAGGGAAAACACAAGAACUACCGUAUCUCUGUACUCUCACACAUGUAGGCUAUUCUAAGUGAUCUCCUUUGAAUAACUAAUGCAAUAAGUAAUGUAAUAUUGUUUCACUUCCAUUCACUGAGCCUCCCCUGAAAUUGUUUGGAGCCCCCCUAGGGAGGCCCGCCUCACACUUUGAAAACCCCUGAGCUACAGUAUGCUGGACUGACCCAGACACGAGGCAAAGGUGUGAACUAAGGUGUACCCAGGGGGAGCUUAGCUCCCCUUAAUAAGAUGAGCUCCCCUAAAAACAUGAUUUGUGCAAUUUUGGGGGGCCAUUUUUUUGCCAUUAAUUUCUAUAUUUCUGUAUCAUCGUGGAUCAUGCGUAAAAUCAGGAACGUUGUGCUUCAUCCAGCCAGAGGGAACGAUCGGCAAACCAUCUGCAGUGUGCAGAUCUCCUGUCCCUGUACGCCCCAUUCCCUCUCCAAUACCUACAAUGACGCCCGGCAAUGACGCUGUGAACAGUUGGUGAUCAUUCCUUCUGGCUGGAUGAAUAUUACCAUGAUCCAUCGACGUCAGGUUGAAAGAGUGUAGAGAGACUGCCACAGCUGUUGUGUUGAAAUGCAGAGUUGCAAGAAGUUUGGGCAUGGCUCCAAAUCAGCCCUUAGGUCAGCCAACAGCUCCAAUAUGGCAUAGCUGGAGAGGCAAAAUGUGCACAUUAUAUGUUCCUCAGUCAUGCCAAAAACAUUGACAGGCUGCAGCCUUGCUCUCCUUAGAUUCAAGAUUAAAUUAGAAAUAAAAGUGUUUUUACAUUUAGAUUUCCCAUAUUGUUUACUUCCGCUUUCCAGAACUGGAAACUGACUAAACCUGGCCUAACAUACUGCAAAAUAAAUCUAUUUAACAGUUUCAUACUGCAUACUAAUAUGAAAAGCAGUAUGUGGUAGGUACUGCAUACUGCAGUAAUAUGUAGUAGGUGAAAUGUCACUACUAUGGUGAAAGCAUUACCUACUACAUGCUACAUGCCCUACUGCGCCUUUGAUUGGCAUAGCCUGACGAUGAUUCUCACAUAGCCCUCGCUGGAAGAACAGGACGUUUUGAUGUUCUGCUGUCUUUAGCAUAUUAGCUCAAAAUUGUUAAACUGUAAUAUUUUCUUCUAAAUGUGAAAGACUGAAAGCUACGAUUGAGCAGGGACCAACAUGUAGCUGUCAACUCUUGGCCAAGUGACAGCAAGAAUGUAUUUGACUCUAUGAUAUCCUGAUCUGACACAGAGACGAUCUGAGCAGAAACAUUUCGGGGCGGUCUGAACCCAGCAUUAAACACACUCACACAGGAACACUUUGCACUUAUGCUUUGCCAUGUAUAUAUGUUUAAUAUAUAGCACAGCUUACAAACAAUUAAAUAUGUUACUAAUAAGUUACUUUAAAGUGGAUUCAGCACCAUCUUCUGCAACACGGACAGCUGACGUGAAGAAGUUCUUAAUUGCUGCUUUGGGAAACACGUGUAGAAAUUUAACAGGGUUCACAGAAACACUCACAUUCUUACAUCGGUUUGAGAACCACUGAUUUAAAUACUUACAUUCUCUGACAUUUGUGGUUUUGAGUGAAGUGAUUCAACCAUUGAAUUGAUGAUGGAAGUCAACUAUGCAUUGCUGAGAUUUGUGAGGUGUAUGCGUAGGCUCUGACAGCCUCUGGUACCAUACUGUUACCCAUAACACCCCUCUCUGCGUAGCUUUGUAUACUUUAUCUUUGCAGAAGCACAAGUCCGUCCACCCUUCAGUCUUGUUCCUGUUCCACCUGGGCACCAGCUACAACCAUUUCUUUGUUCACGCCGCUGACAUUACACACAGAAGGGAAUCUGAAGUUUUGGAGGCGCACACUUUACCUCUGCUUUGCCUUACGUAUCUUCAAAUCUUGGACUUUAUUUUUCUUUCCAAAACAUGUUAAUCUCAUUUGUGCUUUGACUGCUAUCUCACUUGCCUUUGAUUUUAGUCAUUAGGUUGUUGUGAUUGCAGCCUCCUUUAGCCACCUCAGUCACAGACUAUUCAGCUCUGCAGAAACAGAAAGGGACUUUUGGCAGGAUAAAUAUUUUGAAACUAGAAAUCAGGACCAAUCAGGAAAUGACCCGUUCUUGCAGCAUUGUGAUAAUGUAAUUAUUCUCAAAAGCUUUCCAGUCUAGUAUUUAGCGUGAAGAGGGAUAAAUAUCCUGGCACUGACUGUGUUAAAGAGUUGUAUUGCUUUUGCUUUUUUGUGCCGCCAAGUGUCAAAUGUAACAAGGGAAUGAUAUUCAUUCACAGUCAGUAUUUAAAAUCAACUUUAGGUCCUGCCCAUUUCUCUCACCACAGCAUGUUGAGAAUGAGUGAAGCGGUGUGCUACAACUUAUAUUUAAGGUGCUAUUUAAGGUUCUGCAGGCAACCUCAUAUAUUACACACAUUAAAUCUGCUCUUUUCACUAUUCAGUGUACUGUUUUGGUAUUUUUUUUUAUCAGUUUCAGAGCUUUGUUUCCAUUCUCUGAUUGUUAUUGUGCCCUCAUUAUAUAAUCUCUGAGAUGGUAUUCUCAGAAAAUUAAUAAGAAUUAAUUAGAAAUUAAUUUUGCUGACAAUAUAAUGUGUUUUGACAUAAAUCUUGUUACAAUUCUAAUCAGAGAAAUGAGACAAGAGCACUGUCACUGACUUUGACUUACUGUAUAUUUUUUAUGCAUAUUACAUUUGUUCCUUUGUAUUCAAGGUGUUCAAGAUCAGUGCAGGACACUGAUUAUUGCUUGACUAAACAUGUCAUGUCCUACAACAUAUACCUGUAUGUAUCUGUUUGCCUUUAUUGUUUCAGUCAGAAUAUGUAUUUCUUGUUUGAAUCAUUUUUUUUUGUUUACAAUAAAACCAAAAAAUAAAUACGCAA